GAUUGUUUGUUUGAGAAGAUAUAAAUUUGGUAUUCCUCACUCUUGGCGGGAAGUCGUAUUUGUUCUAGUGGAUUUCUCCGAAUAAACAUCAUAAUUAAAGAUGCUAUACCCCGUGAAUGGGUACAUCAAUCAAGCAAUAACGAUUUUCUGCGAAUAAGCAUCGAAAUAAUCCGCUUGUUGAGAUACUGAUGAUGUUUCGAGAAGAGUUGAUACUGGUGUUGUACUUGUAGGAAAUGUACUAGUAGCAAUGUCGAUGAAACAAGUGUAUGUUCCCCCUUCAGAAAAAUGUUUCAUUGUCUUCAUGUAAGCGGCCUCCCGCAGGUGGCUUCGUCUGUUCUUUCUGACGAACAGAUUGGACAACUACUUCUGCGACUGGGCGGCCAAAAGCAGAAACUACAAGGUCCUCCGAUAAUACGGAGAAGCGGCAGGCAACAUCAGCAAGUUGGCGGAGAGGACAUCAAGCAUGUUGUACACGAGAGUGUGGUAGAGCCGCAUACUGAGCAGAACGAGCAGAAAGAGCGAAGAGCCCAAGACGAGGAGGCGGAAGACACCAGCUGCAGGGUUACAACAAUCAGAGGGACCACAUCAUCUGGCUCUUUGUUCACUUCUUCUUCGGCUCCGGAUCCUCAAGAACGAGGUGUUACAAGUGAAGUAAGAUCGUCUGCUUGUGCCUCUCAACCUCAAGAAGAAGAUCAAACUUCUAGCAGAACUGCUCCUUGCUCCUGGCAAGAUUUGUUCGAAUUGCGUGUGGUGCGGGAUAGGACUUGUGAGACGACUGCUUGCAGCAAGGGGUACGCCUUUCUCACCUUCCACUCUUCUACGAGGGAAGAAGUCGAGGAUUUUCGAGAGAGGAUAAACGUGAACUCUUCGUGGUCUACGUCUUCCUCCUCAACCAAACACAUAGUAGAAUCGUCUGUCGGGGAACAAAAUAAAUCAAUCUCUUCGUCUACAUAUUCCUGCUCGCAACUACUAGACAUCAAGUCAACUUCUACAUCGAGUCCCUUGUUUAGCAAGGAUUUGACUUUGACAGCUCAAUGGUCCGAGCCUCGUACAAGUGAGAAGAGGAAAGAGAAACGUAAGAAAGCUGAGGCGGAGCAGUACCUACCCGAUUUGCGUGUUGGGCGGAAGAAGUACCCCUCCAAGGCGAAGCACGCAGAUAGUGUUACAUGCUCUGAUAGAUCGAGGUAUGUGAUGGACAAAAAAGGGUUCAUGAAAAUUACGAAAAACACUGCCGCGAUCUAGUCAGAUAUUUAGCCUGAGUAGCUGUACUUGUAGCCCCAACAGUUCUGCUAUGUGCCCCUCCAGAACAAGAGCGACCUAAGAAAGAAAGUUUCACACUCAAGGAAGUCAAAACCUAUCCUCAAACAUGUCAAUUUCCUAUUCCCAUGGUGAAUCGAAGGACAACACUCCAAGACACAUACGGAAGUCACACUCG